AUGUCCGCAGAGCUAGAUGAGGAUAGACGUUCUUCACCUUCGGCACGUUCGGCACGUUCGACACGUUCGGGACGUUCGCAGAGGCACCGGCGCAGCUCCAAUCGCAGUGAGGAGGACGACGCCCUCACCAAAUUCAUUGCGAAUCUCUACAACUACGGCAUACCCAUGAUAGCCGUCUCCGUGCUCAUUUGGAUUGUGAUGGCCAGCUCCGACGGCAAGUAUAUCUACAAGUAUAUGCCGUUCCCCAACUACAUACUCGUCGUCAUCGUUUUCCUCGUGAUGGUGCUGCUCCACUGUGUGCCCAUGAUCGCCCAGGUGACGCUCUGCAACUGGAUGUUGGCCCUGGUUGUGUGGCUCUGCACCACACUGGCCGUCUGUUGUGUGCUGCAUCAUUUUAGCGUUUUGACGCUGCUGCUGCUGCUCGCCUUGUCCGUGCUGCUGGUGCUGUUGCUGAACUUUUCGGGCGCCAAGUGUCCGGUUGAGUUCCUGCCCGGCGGUGUUGUCUCCAGUGGCUUUAUGAUGGCCAUGACCCUGGCCCUGAUCGUACUCGGCAGCGUACAGCUCUCCACCGGCAGCAUAAAAGUGCUGGAUGCCUUUGUCAGUGUUCUGUUCAUUAUGCUGAUUGUGGCCAUACCCAUACAGGCGCAGUUCUGUCACGGCCGAGUGGAGUACUUUCAGGUGGUGCCACGCGUCCAUCAGAUGGUCAGCAUUCUGACGCUCUACCUCACAUCCGUCAUGUUAUUCUGCUGCCUGUGCUACUUUACGAUGGCAACGGAUCGCCAUGACGGUGUGCCAAUUGAAGCGACAACGGAGCUUUCUCUAAGUGAAUGAGAUGAUAGCCAUUCGGAGCAGAAUACGGCUGAAUAUCCUGUUUAAUCCCCGAAUUGGCCUGACUCUGAAGGAGUGCAAGCCCCGCGACUGGGUUCGCUGUGACUGAAUAAAUCGAUACCGUUCCGAUUUACAUUCCCUUCUUUAGUAUUUCUUUACAUCCAGG